GUCAGACAUAUGUUGGUAGGGAAGAUGCUUCAACAGAACAAGAUAUUGUUCUUCAUGGCCUCGACUUGGAGAGUGAGCACUGUGUCUUUGAAAAUGUUGGGGGGACGGUGACUCUGAUACCCCUGAGUGGGUCUCAGUGCUCUGUGAAUGGUGUUCAGAUCAUGGAGGCCACACACCUAAAUCAAGGUGCUGUGAUCCUCUUGGGCAGAACCAAUAUGUUUCGUUUUAACCAUCCAAAGGAGGCUGCCAAGCUCAGGGAGAAGAGGAAGAGUGGCCUUCUAUCCUCCUUCAGCUUGUCCAUGACUGACCUCUCGAAGUCCUGUGAGAACCUCUCCACAGUCAUGUUAUACAACCCCGGUCUUUGCCCUAUAAAAGGACCCAUCUGUCUAAGACUUGAAUUUGAGCGGCAACAGCGUGAAGAACUUGAAAAAUUAGAAAGUAAAAGGAAACUAAUAGAAGAAAUGGAGGAAAAGCAAAAAUCAGACAAGGCGGAACUGGAGCGGAUGCAGCAGGAGGUGGAGAGUCAGCGCAAGGAGACGGAAAUCGUCCAGCUCCAGAUCCGCAAGCAGGAGGAGAACCUCAAACGCCGCAGCUUCCACAUCGAGAGCAGGCUGAAGGACCUGCUCGCUGAGAAGGAGAAGUUUGAAGAGGAAAGACUGAGGGAGCAGCAGGAAAUCGAGCUGCAGAAGAAGAAACGAGAAGAAGAGAGCUUCCUCCGGGUCAGAGAAGAACUCCAACGGCUGCAGGAACUCAACAACAAUGAGAAGGCCGAGAAGAUCCAGAUAUUUCAAGAACUGGACCGACUCAAACGGGAAAAAGACGAACAGUAUGCCAAGCUUGAAUUGGAGAAAAAGAGGCUGGAGGAGCAAGAAAAGGAGCAGGUAGUGCUCGUUGCCCAUCUGGAAGGGCAGCUCCGUGAGAAACAGGAGAUGAUCCGGCUCCUGCGGCGAGGGGAGGUGCAGCGGCUGGAGGAGGAGAGGAGGGACCUGGACCACAUCCGCGAGUCCCUUCUGCGGGUGAAGGAAGCCCGGGCCGAGGGCGAUGAGGACGGUGACGAGUUAGAGAGGGCGCAGCUGCAUUUCUUAGAGUUCAAGAGAAGGCAGCUCAUCAAGCUCGCCAACUUGGAGAAGGACCUGGUUCAGCAGAAGGACCUCCUGAAAAAAGAGGUCGAAGAAGAACAGGAAAUCCUGGAGCGUUUAAAAUCCGAAAAUGAAGAGGAAUUCAGGUUGUUGGAAAAAAAUAACGAUAGUGUCACAGAUGUCGCCCAUGUGGCUCAAGAUUUAGAGAAAAUAAGGCCAGUAGAGUGUCGGCUGCAACAUAAAGAACGCCAGCUCCAGUUCCUCCUGCAGGAUCACUUGCCAACUCUGUUAGACGAGAAGCAGCGAGCAUUGGAAAUCCUUGAUAGAGGCCCUCUUGGCUUAGACAACACACUAUAUCAAGUAGAAAAAGAAAUGGAAGAAAAAGAAGAACAGCUCGCUCAGUACCAAGCCAAUGCGAGCCAGUUGCAGAAGCUCCAAGCCACCUUUGAAUUCACUGCCAACAUUGCACGUCAGGAAGAAAAGGUGAGGAAAAAGGAAAAGGAGAUUCUGGAGUCGCGGGAGAAGCAGCAUAGGGAGGCGCUGGAGCUUGCUGUGGCCCGGCUGGAGAGGAGGCACUCGGCCCUGCAGAGGCGCUCCACCCUGGACCUGGAGAUCGAGGAGCAGAGGCAGAAGCUGGCCACCCUGAACAGCAGCAGCAGUGAGCAAUCAGGGCUCCAGGCCAGCCUGGAAGCUGAGCGGGAAGCCCUGGAGAAGGACCGCGAGAGAUUGGAACAUGAAAUCCAGCAGCUGAAGCAAAAGAUCUGUGAGGUUGAUGGUGUUCAAAAAGGGCAUCGUGGGACCUUGGAGGGGAAGGCUGCUUCUUCCAGCCUGUCAUCCAGUGCUGAAGAAUCUCACCUGGUUCCUCUGAUGGAUGCCAGGGUCAGUGCUUAUAUUGAAGAAGAAGUCCAAAGACGUCUUCAGGAUUUGCAUCGUGAGAUUGGCAAGGACAGCGAUACAUCCACAGAUAUAAUGAAGAAUAAUGAGAAACUUCACAAUGGCACCAUUCAACGUAAGCUAAAAUACGAGCGGAUGAUAUCUCGCUCUUUCGGAGCAAAUCCAGAUGACCUGAAGGACCCAAUUAAAAUUAGUAUUCCACGCUAUGUUCUCUGUGGGCAAGGAAAGGACGAGCACUUCGAGUUUGAGGUCAAGAUUACUGUCCUGGAUGAAACAUGGACUGUAUUCAGGCGUUACAGUCGUUUUCGAGAAAUGCAUAAAACAUUGAAGUUAAAGUAUGUAGAACUGGCUACCCUUGAAUUCCCUCCAAAGAAACUAUUUGGAAAUAAGGAUGAACGUGUGAUUGCUGAGAGGCGGAGCCACUUAGAGCUGGCAGGAGAGCCCUUAUCUGUAUUGGAAUUGCCUCUCUUCCCUGUGGACUCUCCAUUCAAGGUGAGGCAUGGUCAGGCAUAAUUUCUGGCACUGGACCAUGACAAUGACCUUUACAGAGAGACCUGAAACAGCUGUUUACCUGGCAGUUCUGAACUUCAGGACUUGGGAAUAGCUAUUUCCUGAAGACAUUUCACAUUCCAUGCACAAAGACGGGGCAGGUGUCAUCUUGGUCUUGUUUUUCCCAGACUCUGGUUGGCCCUUCUGCAUGGCUGCUUAUCUAAUGCGGAUGCCAGUUCUGCCAAGCCAGGGAUUCCAAGGGUUAUGUUUCCAUCUGAGCAUCUUCUGCUCGCCUCUGCCAGGAUGUAGAUCAAAGGGGAGUGAGCAGGGUUGGAGAGUAGAGGAGUCAUGUAGGAAAGGGUUUCUGGAAGAGAACUGGCCAAAGGUUCCAGAAUCAAGAGAAAUAACUCUGAUGACAUAAAAAAGCC